AUGGCCGGCGCAUCCGAAAAAGCUACAUACACCCAUGGCCAUCAUGCAUCAGUCCUCCGCUCCCAUAGCACACGGACAGCCCUCAACUCUGCAAGUUUUCUUCUUCCGCAUCUCAAGCCGGAUAUGAAGAUUCUCGACAUCGGCUGUGGACCAGGUACAAUCACCGUGGACCUCGCAACAUACGUCCCACAAGGCCACGUCACAGGUCUUGAGCGGGUAGACGAUGUUCUACCAAAGGCACAAGCUCUCGCAGACGAGCGAGGAAUCAAGAACAUUGAGUUCGUUGUCGGAGAUGGAAACGGGCUUGCGUACUCGGACGACAGCUUCGAUGUUGUCUUUUGCCAUCAGGUCUUACAGCAUGUAGCUGAUCCCGUUGGAAUGCUGACGGAGAUGAAACGUGUCGCCAAGAAGGGCGGAAUUGUUGCUGCUCGUGAAGCAGAUUACAGUGUGUUUAUGUGGUUUCCUGAGAUUGAGGGCUUGAGAGAUUGGCAAACGUUGUAUGAUAAGGUUGCACGGAAUAAUGGUGGUGAGCCGAAUGCUGGGCGUUUCUUGCAUUCGUGGGCGAGAAAGGCUGGGUUGGAGGAUAAGAGACAUAGUGUUAGUUCUUGGUGCUUUGGGCAGAAGGAUGAAGUGGAGUGGUGGAGUGAGACUUGGCAGGAGCGGUCUUUGAAGUCUUCUUUUGCUACUACGGCUCUUGCGGCGGAGCUUGCUACUUCUGAGGAGUUGGAGAAUAUUUCAAAAUGUUGGAAGCAGUGGGGAGAGGACGUGGAUGCUUUCAUCUCAAUUCCCAGCGCUGAGAUUAUUUGCUUUAAAUGA